GAGAGGAGAGGGGGUCAGUGUCGGUCGGUGUCGGUGUCGGUGUCGGUCAGUGCCCCUCCGAACAGCGUCCAGAGCAAUGGAGGAAGAAGUGGCUCCCGGUGGUGCGGUGGACAUCGACCCGGAUUUCGAGCCGCAGAGCCGACCCCGAUCGUGCACUUGGCCGCUGCCUCGCCCGGAGGUGCCCGGAGGGGAGGGGGCAGGAGAGGGAGAGGGAGAGGGAGAGGGCGGAGAGGGAGAGGGAGAGGGCACCUCGAGAAACCCACCCGCCGCCGCGGUCCUGGGGGGCGAGGAUGGCGACCGCAGCAACGCCGCCGGGAGAGGAGGAGGAGGUGAUGGAGGAGGAGGAGGAGGUGAUGGAGGUGAUGGAGGAGGAGUGAGUAGGGCGAUGGCGGGUACCCCGGGGCCCCUCCUGGGUCUGAGUGAGGCCAACAGCCAACACCGCAAGAAGUCCUCCCGCAGGAACGCGUGGGGUAACCUGUCCUACGCCGAUCUGAUCACCAAAGCCAUCGAGAGCUCUUCAGACCACCGCCUCACCCUGUCCCAGAUAUACGACUGGAUGGUCCGCUACAUCCCCUACUUCAAGGAUAAAGGGGACAGCAACAGCUCUGCCGGGUGGAAGAACUCGAUAAGGCACAACCUGUCCCUGCACAGCAGGUUCAUCCGCGUCCAGAACGAGGGCACGGGCAAGAGCUCGUGGUGGAUGCUGAACCCCGACGGGGGCAAGACGGGGAAAUCUCCGCGCAGGCGGGCGGUGUCCAUGGACAACAGCUCCAAGUACCUGAAGAGCAAGGGGCGGGCGAGCAAGAAGAAGGCCGCCCUGCAGGCGGCACAGGAGGGCAGCGAGGGCAGCCCCUCGUCGCAGCACACCAAGUGGUCGGGCAGCCCCGCCUCCCACGCCAGCGACGAGUUCGACGCGUGGAGUGACUUCCGAUCGCGCGCCAACUCUGCGGCCAGCACUCUGAGCGGCCGCCUGUCCCCCAUCAUGGCCAACUCCGAGCUGGACGACCUGGAGGACCCGGAGGGGCCCCCGUCGUCCCCGUUGCUGUACUCCAGCCCCUCCAGCGCCCUCUCGCCCUCCGUGAACAGCCGGUGUUCGGUGGAGCUCCCCAGGCUGGCCGACCUGGCGGGCACCAUUAACCUGAAUGAGGGGUUGACCGAGACCCUCCUCGAGGACCUGCAGGACGGUUACAACGGGAGCCCGGCUCAGCCCAUCCCCACGGGGUGCCUGAGGCAGAGGAGUUCCAGCUUCUCGUUCGGAUCCAAGUGCUCGGCGCUGGGCAGCCAGACCAGUGCCUACAGCGCGACCAUGUACAGCCCACCGGCCAUGACCCUGCUCCGCCACGCGCCCAUGCAGACUAUUCAGGAGAACAAACCCGUCACGUUCUCGACCGUCAACCACUACGGCAACCGCAUGCUGCAGGACCUGUUGACACCCGAGUCGCUGCGGCACAAGGAGGUCAUGAUGACACAGGCGGACCCUCUGAUGCCUCAGGCCGGAGCCUCGGCACCGUCCCAGAGCCAGAGGUCGAACCUGGCCAUGUGCGCGGAGCCCGGCCUGUCGCCCUUCAACGUCCGCUCACCCCGGUUGAUGAACGGCAGCCCGUUUCACCAUCCGUCGCCAGUGCAGCAGAACCCGGCUGUCAGCAACGGUGCCUUAACCAAUUCCAUCAGCCUUAUGGGCCUGCCCUCGGACACGGGGACCGUCAGCUCCGUGGUUGCGCAUCCGCACGCCCACCCCCACCCGCACGCCCACCCCCACCCUCACCAGCACCACCUACACACCCUCGUCAGUCACGGGGUGCAUGUGGGGGUCCCGGACUUCAGGCUGAACUCCUGCCAGGGGGGCAUCCACAUCUCCGUCGGGAGCCAAGAUAAGUUCCCCGCCGACCUGGACCUAGACAUGUUCCACGGCACCCUGGAGUGCGACGUGGAGUCGAUCAUUCUCAACGAGUUCAUGGACAGCGACGAGCUGGACUUUAACUUUGACUGCGCGGUGCCAACGCAGAACGUUGCCCUCACCGUGAGCGCCCGACCCCCCGCGCCACACGCUACCAGCCACAGCUGGGUGCCCGGGUGAAAGGCACAGCCACCUGCGUCCGGAGUUACAAUCCAACAACCGAUUUACGUUCGUGUAAGCGCCUUUCGACGUCGGGAGGGCGUUCCCAAGGUGCUGGGGUGCAUUAGAGAAUGUGAAACGAGCAGAGAGAGUUAUAAGACCAGACCUAAUUGACGUUUGGCAAAAAAAAAUAUACUUGAAAACAAAAUACUUGCUGCUUUACCUUUUUUCAAUCUCUGUUGCCCAUCUUGGAUACGCUAAAAAAUAAAUCGCGAAGGCAAUAAUAUAUUCAUUCUCCUUUCGGUAAACUAAUCAUUAGAAAUUCAAACGACGUUACUUUCGGUCAUUAUAAAGCUGAAGGUAUCUUUUGGGUGUUGAGUAUUGUGGCUUGUACAGGGUCUUAAUUCUGCGCUGUUUCUUAAUGGAUUUCUUAAACCGACGCAUUUGUAGAACAACGAAAGCACUCUGGAACAAUGCACCCUGACGGGGCUUUAGAAAUUCAGUCAUUUACACGUUGCUUAUAAGAAAUGGGUUAAGAAUUACUGCAAAUUACAUUGCGAUAAGGAGUGGGUGUAGAUGGAGUUCAAAAGAUGCAGAAUUGAUGCCUUUAAUCCAAUUUUUCAAGUUCAAAACAAGUUUAAAGCACACUGUGUUUAAAAUCUGGUGAGGUUUCUGGUUAGUUUUUAAGCGUAGGUUGAAUUUAGGGACAAUAUUCAUUAUCAGCUAUUUCAAUGUAACUGAUGGAAAAUAACAUCGGUGUAUCCUGGAAGAACAGAGGAGAGGUGGGAAUGGGGCAAUUUUAAACAUAGGCAAUGGGGCAGAUUCAAUUUAUCCCUCACAGGAACUAAACUCAGUUCUGUCUUAGGCUGUUUCUGAUCUGUUUCAGAUCCCUUCUCACACCCCCGAUGUUAAUUCAGUCCGGAUCCCACCUCCUGUUGCUCAGUCUCGGGUUUGCAUUAAGGUCACCCCACCAAAUCGUAUUUUUUUUUAACAAAGAGUAAGGCUCGUUUGUAACACCAGAAACACAGUUUAAUCUGCAAUUGUAUGUCACGAGGACAAGAUGGCAGUGGGUAAAAUGCACUGAAUGAGAAGGAGAGAUGUAUAUUAAUACCGAUCGACGUACAAACUGAAUGGUACAAAUUUCAGCAAGGAGAAACUUGCUUGCUACAACUUUGAUUCCGAUCUCCUUUCCAUUCACUGCAUUGUAACCUCACCGCACGUUUUGCGAAAAUAUUACAUUUGUUUUUUUUCAUAGAAUUGAGAGAUUUUUUUGUAA